CGUCCGCCGCGCACUAGCACCGCGCCCGCCACGAGCCGUCGCUCUCCGGCCGCGCGCCGUGACGCACGCACCCGCACCGGGCCGCACGAUAGUAAACACGACGCACAAAACUUUAAAAAACUCCCGCACCGAAAGCGAGAGCGCCGCCGCGCGGCCGAUCGGAGGUGCGGGCCGCAAAAAAGUGCCGCCGGCCCCGAAACUAGCGAAAAGUUUUUUCGUCGCGCGCGGGGGAGCCACCCCGGCGCCGGAUAAAAAUCGCCCCGCGCGCCCCCGCGCUCCCGAACCUUUCAUUCACGGGGAAAAAAGUGUGGCAAGGCCGCGUGACGUCAUCGUCGUCGCGGCGCGUAUCCUAGCAACGAGCGCGAUGUUUACCGCGAGUGACCGGGCGUGAGAGUGCAGUGAUGUGAGCGCGCGCGGCGGGAUGUGCAGCACGCAGCGCGCACGGGCGAGGAUGCACCUGCCGGGGGCAGCCGCGUCGCCCGACACCAGCUCGGCGCUGCUGCACGAGACCUACACGAAGAUGACGUCCGACAUCCUGGCGGAGCGCACGCUGGGCGACUUCCUGUCGGAGCACCCGGGCGAGCUGGUGCGCACGGGUAGCCCGCACUUCGUGUGUACGGUGCUGCCGCCGCACUGGCGCUCCAACAAGACGCUGCCGGUGGCGUUCAAGGUGGUGGCGCUGGGGGACGUGGGGGACGGCACGCUGGUCACGGUGCGGGCCGGCAACGACGAGAACUGCUGCGCGGAGCUGCGGAACAGCUCGGCGGUGAUGAAGAACCAGGUGGCCAAGUUCAACGACCUGCGGUUCGUGGGCCGCAGCGGCCGCGGUAAAUCGUUCACGCUGACGAUCACUGUAUCGACGAGUCCGCCGCAGGUGACGACCUACAACAAGGCCAUCAAGGUCACAGUCGACGGACCCCGGGAGCCGCGCUCCAAGACCAUGUUGUCCCUGCUAGGGCAGCAGCAGCAGUUCCACUUCGCGUUCGGCCAGCGCCCCUUCCCCUUCCCGCCCGACCCGCUCGGCGGGUUCCGGAUGCCGCCCAUCACCUCGUGUCAGAAUAUGAGUCAGUUCGGGUUAAGUUCGAGCAACUCUCACUGGGGCUACGGCGGAGCGGGCGCUUACCCCGCGUACCUGCCGUCGUGCGCGGCGCCCACGUCACAAUUCAACCCUCCGGCGCUCGGCUUCACGGGCACGGUCACUGAGCAGACACCUUCGCAGGACUUCACUAAUAAUACAGUGUUACCCGACACGACCGGCGUUGACUUGGAUCAGCAGCUGUCGGGCCUCGUGGGAUCGUCGCCCUCGCACCACAGCAGCCUCCUGCCACGGUACAACAACAACACCGACUACAGCCUAUCGACGGGACCUCGAUCCUUAAGUGACAACAGCUCCCAACCCGAGUCUCCGGUACAGGACGAUCUGCUCACCUCAAACACUAACCCCAUAGGACACAAUCACACAAACAGCUCCAACUUCCCAUCGCUAAUGGGGACGCAGAAUUCCUCGUACGGGAGUAGCAACUGCAACAACUCUCUGUACCCCGUCUUACCAGCUAGUCUGUUAUACAGUCAGCUGUAUACCGCGGCGAAUCAGACGCAUAACUUCCAUCCACUCCACUCGAAUUCUAUCCACUCGACGCAGAACCAUCACAACGAGUUACAGACUAUGAUGGACCAGAUAUCCUCUACUACGAACAACCACAGGCAGCACGGGAGCCACGGCCAGAAUGACCUGCUGCUCGGUGGAGGCAACUCCUGCGCAGCCGCCGCCGCUAGAGGCGAGGACGGCAGAGUCAACAGCCUUGGCCAGAGAGGAAACCCGCAACCGGACAGCAACACCGUUUGGCGACCGUACUGAAAAUGUAUAAAUGUUAUUUGUUUUCAUGUAUAGAUGAAAUGUUAAAAUAAAACGUUUUAAGUUUUAGAAAAUUAAAGAACUAAAAUUACGAUUGAAAUCUAACUAUAGUGUAAUUAGAUUGCAACGAAAUAGGUAAAUUAUUGUAAAAAGUAAGCUAAGGAAUGUUAUAUUA